AUGAAAGAUCUCUUAUCAAAAAAACGUAAAUUGAAAGAAUGUGAAACAGUGACGUUGACGGAAGAGUGUAGUGCUAUAAUUCAGAAAAAGUUGCCUCCAAAACUUGAAGAUCCUGGAAGUUUCAGCAUUCCCAUAGAAAUUGGCAACGUCAAUGUGGGAAAAGCGUUAUGUGACUUGGGAGCCAGUAUAAACCUUAUGCCAUUAUCCAUCUGCAAGGCUCUGGGUAUUCAUGAACUGAAACCGACAAAAGUUUCACUACAGUUAGCUGACAGAUCUACCAAAAGGCCAGAUGGAGUCAUUGAAGAUAUUUUGGUAAAAAUUGAUAAAUUCGUAUUCCCUGCAGACUUUGUCAUCUUAGACAUGAAAGAAGAUGCUGAAAUCCCAUUACUGUUGGGAAGACCCUUCUCAGCCACUGCAAGAGCUUUGGUUGAUGUGGAGCAAUGGAAGUUGAUGUUACGGGUUAAUGAUGAAACUGUAACGAUAGAUGUUUUUGAAUCCAUGAAACAUCCUUUUGAUGGAGGAGAUUGCUUCAAAGUUGAUAUAAUCAAUGAUGCGGUGAUAGAUACCGUUGAUGAAAUACUCCAACCACUAAUGGAAUUGGAGUCAUUAGAAGAAGAUCUACUGCACAAUACAACUGAAGCAACAGAAGGAGGACAAGAGGUUGAAAAGCUAGAAGAGAGAGUUGAUGAUAUCAUUCAAGGAGCACCAAAGGUUGAAUUGAAAGAACUUCCUCCUACUUUGAAAUAUGCAUUUCUUGGAGAAAGCAAGGCAUACCCGGUGAUCAUCAACAUAAAUUUGUCAACCGUCGAAGAAGAAAAAUUAUUGAAAGUGUUAAGAGAGCACAAAACAGCUAUAGGAUGGUCCAUUACAGACUUGAAGGGAAUAAACCCAUCCUUUUGCACUCAUAAAAUAUUGAUGGAGAAUGAUGUGAAGCCAGUCAGACAACCACAGAGAAGAUUGAAUCCAACUAUGAAAGAAGUUGUGAGAAAAGAAGUCGUGAAGCUCUUGGAUGCUGGUAUGAUCUAUCCAAUCUCUGAUAGUGCAUGGAGAUGCCAAGAGAGUAAUUUAGUACUCAACUGGGAAAAAUGCCACUUUAUGGUAAGAGAUGGAAUAGUCUCAGGCCAUAAAAUCUCAGAGAAGGGGAUUGAAGUUGAUAGAGCAAAGAUCUCACUUAUAGAAAAACUUCCCCCUCCCUCUAAUGUGCGUAGUGUGCGUAGUUUUCUUGGACAUGCAGGUUUCUAUCGGCGUUUCAUCAGAGAUUUCUCAAAGAUAGCCAAACCCCUUUGCAAAUUAUUGGCCAAAGAAGAAGAGUUCAACUUUGACAAUGAUUGUUUGAUUUCUUUUAAUCUUUUGAAAGAAAAAUUGACUACCGCACCUAUUAUCACUUCACCGAAUUUUGAAUUACCUUUUGAAUUAAUGUGUGAUGCUAGUGAUUAUGCUAUAGGUGCAGUCUUAGGUCAAAGAAAAGAUAAACUCUUGCAUGUUAUAUAUUAUGCUAGUAAAAUUCUAAAUGAAGCACAAUUAAAUUACACUACUACUGAGAAAGAAUUACUAGCUGUUAUAUAUGCUUUUGAUAAAUUUAGAACCUAUUUGCUAGGAUCUAAAGUUAUUGUGUAUACUGACCAUGCUGCCUUGAAAUACUUAUUGACUAAACAGGAUGCUAAGCCGAGACUACUUAGGUGGAUGCUUCUACUUCAAGAAUUUGAGAUAGAAAUCAGAGACAAGAAGGGAGUAGAGAACUGGGUAGCUGAUCAUCUCUCUAGACUUCAAGAGAAAGAACUUCAAGAUAGUUCAGAAUUGAUAAUCCGAGAUGAGUUUCCAGAUGAGCAAGUUCUCUCAGUCAGCACACUUCCAUGGUUUAUGAAUGAGCAAGCUCUUGCAGUAGACAUCGCACCAUGGUUUGCAGACUUUGCAAAUUUCAAAGCAACUGGGACAAUUCCUAAAGAUUUUUCAUGGCAACAACGGAAAAAGUUUCUUCGCGAUGUGAAAAGAUACUUGUGGGAUGAACCAUUCCUAUUCUACACAUGUUCUGAUGGAAUCAUUAGAAGAUGCAUCCCUGAAGAAGAGAUGAAAGAUGUUCUAUGGCACUGUCACGGCUCAGACUACGGAGGCCACUUCGCGGGAGAAAGGACGACUGCAAAAGUUCUUACGAGUGGAUUCUAUUGGCCCCUUUAUAUAAAGAUGCAAGAAAAUUCGUGGAAUCUUGUGAUCGUUGCCAAAGAACGGGGAACAUAUCAAAAAGACAUGAAAUGCCACUGA